AUGGCUUCCUCAAUCGCGCCCAAAUCGCGCUCCUCAGGCCCAUCAGGCAUAACAAGAGCCUACCUCUUCCUCUACAAUGCCCUCAACCUCGCAACAUGGGGCUUCUGCAUCGCCUACACAGCCUCUUUAAUCCCAAGCAACUUCACCAACAACACUCUCCCCUCAAUCUUCAAGCAAACUUUCUCUCCAUACCUCCUCGUAACGCAAUCCAUCGCGACCCUCGAAAUCCUCCACAGCCUCCUCAAGCUCGUUCGCGCUCCUUUCCUCACAACCGCCAUGCAGGUCGCCAGUCGUCUGCUUCUAGUCUGGGGAAUCAUGGUUCCAUUCGGUGGCCAGGUUGUCGGCGCGUCUACCACCCAGCUCGGCGACUAUGCGUAUCUUGGUUGUGUGGGCGCAUGGGGAAUUACCGAGGUAAUUCGGUAUGGGUUCUUUGCGAUUACGCUCUCUGGAAAUGAAGUACCCAAGUGGUGGACUUGGUUGAGAUAUAACACUUUCUAUGUGUUGUACCCGAUUGGUAUUUCCAGUGAAUGUGCGCUUGUUUAUUUGUCGCUUGGUCCGGCUGGCGAUGUUAGUGAGUUGCUUUACUGGGGGCUUGUUGCUGUUUUGGCUAUUUACGUGCCUGGUUCUUAUAUCCUUUACUCGCACAUGAUUGCGCAGCGUCGCAAGGUCAUGCGGGGAAAGCAGCGGGCUGAUUAG